GCCCAGGCCUGGGCCACUCUAAAGGCCACUGGAGAGCUUGUGGUUGGGGCAGAGCUGAGCUGCCUGUCCAGCUAGUUCUCCUUUGCUUGUUGACCUCUCCACUCUCCCACUGAGUUCCCUUCCCACUGAGGUGGUGCUGCUCAGUCUACCUUCCAUUUCUUUCAACUACCUGCUCUGAGCUUUGGGUGAGAAUUCCACAGUGCGGUCUUCAGAUCCCCAACUGUCUCCUCAAACUGUAUGCACAUGACAACACAUCAAUUGUGUUCUCCUCAAUCCUUCUGUUUUUCAUUUCCAGGAUUUUUAUAUUAUUUCUCGUUCAUAUUUGCCUGUUCUUGUUUUGGUUCUGCCAAUAAUUCUCAUUCUUGUUUAUGGAUACUACUCCUUUAUCUCUUUGAAGAUCCUAAAUGUCUUUGAAAAUUAUUAGAUUACUAUAUUAUCUUCAUCUCUGGAAUGAAUUAAUCUCUAUAUUGAGGUCUUGGAAGUGGGGAGUGACCUGCACACCUGGGUAGUAGCCAGCUCUCAGGACAGUCUCCUGGGACAACUCUGCCUUAAGGCCCCCCACUGUGGGCUCAGGGCCUGUUGGGGUCAGGCUCAGCAGCAGGUGGCACAAAGCUCCCUGUGCUGUAGCAGCUGGGAUGCUGCCUGGCACAGAGUAGGUACUUGGAAACAUCUGCUGUGAGAAAGUAGUGGAGGAUUCUCAGGCUGGGAUUCUGGAACCCAGGAACAGGCCCAGUGUGGCUGCAACAGGCACAAGGCGCUAGGCUGGCCUUGGUACAUUGCCCUUAGCUGCACUCAGGAGCAGGUGUGCAGGGUCCUGCCUGGAAGUUGGCGGGCACUUCUAUCCACCGGGCUCUGGGGGGUACAGCCACCAUGUGGGCAUGUGUACAGAAAGCCUUGCUAGUCUGAUGUACAAGGAGCCAGGAAAUGUGCGGGUUUGAUUAAAUGGAGUUUUAAUUAAAUUGGCCAGACUGGUGAGGGUAAGGAGAAAGGCGGGAAGCAGCAGCAGUUUUGAGUCUAACUGCUGGGGAAUCCUGUGGGUUUGUCCUUUUGAGGCUUAUCAUGCACCUUCCCCAGCAUGUAACUCUGAUCUGUAUGGGAUGGCUUCUGCCCUCUGCCCUGUCCCCAAUAAGGGACAAUCACAAGGAAAUAUUACAUUAUUAAUAUUUCAUUUCCCCUCUUGGCUAGCAACAGAUGACUCAAGGAUUAAUUAGAGCCAACAGAGAGGAACAGGAAAUUGCCAGAUCCUGGCCCCGCCCCCAGCCCCCUCCUCCUGGGCCUCCAACCUUCCUGUCACUCUUGCUCUAGGAGGCCUCUGAAGGGAGGAAAGCAGAGAGGGGCCAGGAGGCCCUAGGAAAUCUUGCUGCUGCUGUUUUUCAUGGGCAUUCCCCCAGCUCUGUUCCACCCUUUUAUGCUCAUGGUAAAGCUGGGAGGGCAUUAGCCUCUUUGAGCCUUAGCUUCCUCAUCUGUAGAGUGAAGUUCAUGGGGCCAGCCAGUGAGAACACAGAUGACCCACAGACCUCUGCACCCUCAUUUCCUGAGCUCCCAAGCAGGCCGUGGAAACUAUUGUAGAGGGUCUGGAGUGGAGUCCAGGCAGGUGGGCCCUGGGAGAGCACAGGGCUUGGUGGCUCAGUGGUGGCUGGAGCCUUGUUUUCCCCAGCUGACUGUGUACGUUGAUUCCCAGUUCCUGUCAGUGACUCAUUAGUACCUUAAAACAGGCCAUCAUGGGAGCAUUUUACUACAAAACUCUGGCAAAGGCCCCAAGUUAGGGCACCCCCAACCCUGGGCUGAUUUGCGGUCUGACAGCUGGGAAGCUUCAACCUCCUCCCAGCUACCUCCGUGCCCUGCUCACCCCGCGGUGCCCUGGGCUCCACUGAUGUGCUCUGCUUGGGGCUGGGAGAUUCUAGUCUGGCAGAUAACCAGGUUGCCUGUGUGGCCAGGCAAGCUUCAACCCGGGAUGUGCUGGUAGCUGCUGGAGGGCCUGCAGGAAAGCUGUAGAAGGCUGAUGGGGAGCCCAGUGUGCAGGGAGGCAGCCUUCCAGACCCAGCUGGCAGGGGUGUGUCUGGCUCCUUGCAGGGCUGACCUGGGCUGGAGGGUCUGUUGUAUCCAGUGAGACUGGGAAGGUACCCAAGGCUUGCCAGACAGUAGGAAGGUGCCUUCAGCUUAGUCAGGAAGGGUGCUGGUACCAGGUGCUGUGAGGCCUGAGAGCCCACAGUACAGAAGGUGAUGGGGAAGCCCCAAGGAUUUAGGGGUCCCGAGUCUGCCAGGAGAACCUCACCAAACAGAGGGCUUGGGUUAGGGUCCCCAAACACCCUUCUAUGCUGGGCAUACCAGCCCACAUGGAGUCAGCCCAACAUCCAGGGCAGAUGCUAAUGAUGUGACCCCAUCAGUAGGGCUCCAGGCAGUGGGGCCAGACAGCCCACGUUCAGCUCCACAAAAACGUGGUACUUAUCUGGGUCAGGUGGAUCACUGGUGGCCCCACCUUAUCUGACCCUGGGAAGCACCCUCUGAAUCUGGAUGAUGGCCUAGGGCCAGGUCAGGUUUCUAGCCUGGGCUGGUUGGACUGGGAGAGGCUGUGUCUCUGUCAAUGCAGAUUCCCCAGGAGAGGCUGAGGCCAGGGUAAGAAGGAUGGCAGGGGGUUGUCCGGAGGCCAGGAAGGUGGAUGGGUGGCUCACUGGUGGUAGGAGGCAGGGUCCCUGGGGCUUGCUGGGCCUGACUGGACAGUGGCCCGCUGCUGGUGGUGCUGAACCUGGGAGGCCCCCAGAUGGGAGGCAGCUCUGGGGCUGUCACUUCACUCCUGCAGAACAAGGACGAGACACUGGACACAUAGCCUCUGCAGUCAGGGUGCCCCUGGUGAAUGCUACUCUGGGCUGCAGGCCGGGAACACCAAGGGACACUGUGUGGCCAGAGUUGGCACCAGGAGACUUGGUCUGCCCUACCUCCGCCAGUGACAUGCUUUGUAAGUAGCUGGCUGGCAAAUGCCCUGUGCACAGCAGGGGCUCGGUGGGACUUGUCCAUGGCCCCUUGGAGGCAGGCUCCUGCCAGGCCUGGGAGAAGACGUGGGCUGCAGGAACCCCUUGGGUUCUCAGGAGCUCGGCCUCCUCUUCUCUUUCCGGCUUCCUGGGGCUGGGCACUCCCCUCCAAGCCUCCCAGUGGGCAUGGGGGACGCCUCUCUGUUGUACCUCUCCGUGCCCACCCAGCUCCUGCCACCUGAGGUAGAUCGGAGUUAGAAGGAAACUUGGGGUCAUUUAUUGCAGCUCUAAAUCACCUCCUGGACAGGGUGGGGGGAGCCUGGCCCUUGGAAUACAGGCAGGGACAAUAAGCAAACUUCUCCCAAGGUUGCCAGUCCUCUUGAUCCCUCGUAUCCUGGAAGAGAGAGGGGGGAUGCAACCCCGAGCCCACACGUGGGCCUGAAAGGCAGCUUCAGGCUUUUUGUUCCCAGGCAGGCGGCAGCCACUAUCCAUGUGCACCUGGACCAUGAAAGCCCAGGACUGCAGGAGGGGGUGGAUUUGGCAUGAAGGACACUGCUGGGCAGCACACGUACCACAGGAACUCUGAAGCUAAGCUGAGCCAAGAUGCCGCCAGAGCCCCUGGAGAGGGCCUGGUUUCUGAAGACUCGGAGUUGGCUGUGAAAAGCCCUUGGGGGGCCCCCCCAACGGCAGGGACGCUCCUGGCUCCUGUGAAGGGGCUCAGGGCCUGGGCAGGCCAGCUGUGCUGCAGCUAUGGACCGUGAGCUGGCCUGGCCUGCGUCCUUGCUGACCCUGCCCAUCUGCAGCUGUGCCCAACAUGGGCUCCUCGGUGUACAUCAUGGUGGAGCUGGCCAUUGCCGUGCUGGCCAUCCUGGGCAACGUGCUGGUGUGCUGGGCUGUGUGGCUGAACAGCAAUCUGCAGAACGUCACCAACUACUUUGUGGUAUCCCUGGCGGCAGCCGACAUCGCCGUGGGGGUCCUUGCCAUCCCUUUUGCCAUAACCAUCAGCACGGGGUUCUGUGCCGCCUGCCACAGCUGCCUCUUCUUCGCCUGCUUCGUGCUAGUCCUCACGCAGAGUUCCAUCUUCAGCCUCCUGGCCAUCGCCAUUGACCGCUACAUCGCCAUCCGCAUCCCACUCCGGUACAAUGGCUUGGUGACAGGCACGAGGGCCAAGGGCAUCAUUGCAGUCUGCUGGGUGCUAUCGUUUGCCAUCGGCCUGACUCCCAUGCUAGGCUGGAACAACUGCAGUCAGCAGGAGGGCAGAAACCACUCGCAGGGCUGCAGGGUGGGCCAGGUGGCCUGUCUCUUUGAGGACGUGGUCCCCAUGAACUACAUGGUGUACUACAACUUCUUUGCUUGUGUCCUGGUGCCCCUGCUGCUCAUGCUGGGUGUCUACUUGCGGAUCUUCCUGGCAGCCCGGCGACAGCUGAAGCAGAUGGAGAGCCAGCCUCUGCCGGGGGAGCGAGCCCGGUCCACGCUGCAGAAGGAGGUCCACGCUGCCAAGUCACUGGCCAUCAUUGUGGGGCUCUUCGCCCUCUGCUGGCUGCCCCUGCACAUCAUCAACUGCUUCACUUUCUUCUGUCCCAAGUGCAGCCACGCCCCACCCUGGCUCAUGUACCUGACCAUCAUCCUCUCCCACACCAAUUCCGUGGUGAAUCCCUUCAUCUAUGCCUACCGCAUCCGCGAGUUCCGCCAGACCUUCCGCAAGAUCAUUCGCAGCCACAUCCUGAGGCAGCGGGAGCCCUUCAAAGCAGGUGGCACCAGUGCCCGGGCCCUGGCAGCUCACAGUAGCGACGCGGAGCAGAUCAGCCUCCGCCUCAAUGGCCACCCUCCCGGGGUGUGGGCCAACGGCAGUGCCCCCCAGCCUGAGCGGCGACCCAAUGGCUACACCCUGGGGCUGUUGAGUGGAGGGAGUGCCCAUGAGUCCCACCGGGACAUGGGCCUCCCAGACGUGGAGCUCCUCAGACAGGAGCUCAAGGGAGAGUGCCCAGAGUCCCUGGGCCUCGAGGGUCCCCAAGCCCAGGAUGGAGCAGGAGUGUCCUGAUGAACCACUGAGUCUGCCCCUUCCUAAGGGAAGGAAAUCUUUCUCUUCCUGGUUGGUGGAACCAGUCACGUUGAGAGAAGAGUGCAUGUGCCGGAGACCCUUCUCAUAGCCGGUUUCCACUUUGGACUGAGGAGGGAGCCCCGGCUGGAGCAGCAUGAGGCCCAGAAGGAAGGGUUUGGAGUCCGAGGAAGUGGAUGUUUCAUGCUGGGAGGCCCUGCAUCAGGCCAGAGCCCCAGCACGAGAGCAUCUUGGCUGGCGAGGGCUGGUCCCCAACUCCAGAAGCACCUAGAAGUGCCACCUUCUCUCCGCAGAGCAGCUGUGGCAGAGCAGGUUGGCUGGCCUGAGGCUGGGGAGUGGUUCCAAAAGGCCCCCCUGCCACACACACACCACCCUCCCCAGACUUUCCAAGGAUUCAGGAGCUAUUGUGCUCAGAGGUGGCGUUUGACUAUUUUUUCCAGGAGAAAAUGUAAGUGUGAGGAAACCCUUUUAAUCUUCCCUCCCUGGUUGCUGGCUCUGUUUCAGCCCUGCUGCUAACCUGGCACCAGGAGUUGGCCCAGGGAGACCCAGGCAGCCCUCUCCCGCUGCCAUGAGCUGUCAUGCACGUCUCCUUCGAGGACAGCGAGUUGUAAUGGAGCCGUGCCAGAGCGUGGGCGCAGGGGAGGAUGCCGGGGCUGGCCAGCAUGGGUUAGCCUGGGGAGCUCAGAGCUGCCCAGGUAGAGGCCCUAUCUAACUGCCUUUCCUUCUGAAGGGAAUGUUUUUUUUUUCUGAGAUACAAUAAAAAUGAGCCACGUUGUGUUUUAAGCUUGUCCAA